GCCAUUCGAAGUGUCUUUUGCGAAUUCAGCCAUGAGUGUGUAAGAUUUUCGCCAUUCACAUUGCGUGAGGUAGUUCUGAUUUUUGGUGACGUUGGCUUUGCGGUUCCGCGCCGAACAAGCGAUUGUAUCUUAUGACGUUCUCGUCUUCUUUGCACGCCUACCAUACCACGACGACACUGAGGUUCCCGGUUAUAAGCGCCUCACCCUUAAAGCCUGACCUAGGCCCACUCUUCCCCGCAAAUACGAUCGACAUCUGACGUCGUUGCAGAAAGACAACACAUAAACCUCGGGUGUCUAACGUGUCCAACGUGUCCAAGUUCUUUUACCAGCCUUCCCAUCUCUAAGAGCAGCAAAUUGAGCCUUCAGAAAUCAUGCCAAAUACCCAGACAGUCGACGUCCCCCAUCUUGGUGGCAUAAAAGCCGCUUACCAAACAUCCGGUCCCGUGGAUUCGUCCAAGCCUACUCUGAUUCUGAUAAACUCCUUCACCACAUCGUCGGAGCUAUACCGCGAUGCGUACAAGAAUGAAGCACUCACUUCUGUGAUGAAUUUGGUCUCUAUCGAGCUAUUAGGUCAUGGACAAACACGCGCCAAGAGUGAGAAUUGGACGUACUGGGAUACUGCGAUUAUGAAUCUACAGGUCAUGGAGAAGUUGGGAAUUAAGAAAGCUUUUGUACUUGGUACGAGCCAGGGAGGAUGGGUGACCGUGAGGAUGGCGCUUUUGGCGCCUGAGAAGAUCCUCGGCAUUGUCCCCCUAGGAACAUCCCUAGACUAUGAGUCACCCCGCUCUCGCGACCUAGGCUGCUGGCACUCCGUCGAGCCCCUCGCCGAGCGCAUCACUGGCGAGUUCGGCACCACAUCCAACAAGCCCACACCCGACUUCACUCCUAGUACCGAUUUCUGCAACUUCCUCAUCGAUGUGGGCUUUGGAAAAGAGGAAUGCCCAGAAGAUGUUCGAAAGUUUUGGAAUGAUGAGAUUAAGAAGAACUACCAGGGGGAUGAAGGUCGGCGGAGGAUUAGGAUGUGUGCGAUUAAUCUGAGAGAUCGGGACGGUUUGCAUUUGAGGUUGAGUGAUGUGGUUUGUCCGGUGUUGUGGUUGCAUGGAACUAGCGAUGCUGUUUACUCGGUCGCAAAUGCCAAAGAAGAGAUUAAACUCUUUACCAACUCGCCUGAUGCCAAGUUGGAGGUUAUUGAGGGUGGACAGCACUUCUUGAGUGCGUCGAAUCCGAAGGAAGUCAAUGAGCAUGUUAUUGCGUUCGUGAAGAAGUAUGGCAAGUAAAGAUAGUUGUGGAAGCUAGUUGAUGGUCUCUACUAUUCUAAAUUGGGGCGCAAUUCAACCACAUGGCAUCAGUUUUCCUAGAUGUACUCUCGAUUGUCAUGUUGAAAUGCCAACGGAACCACGGUAUUCUUUGUGGUAAUGUGAUACCGUUUAAAGGAAUCUACGAAGCCUACUC